AUGAAUGCGUUUGGCGAAUUGUCGAGGCUUUUCGGUCUGUCUGGGCUUCAGGAGUCCGAAUUCCGUGGCAUUGUCGCCGCCGUGGACAACCAUCACAUGGCUAUCCAUGGAGGCCCUGGCCAAGUUUGUCCACCUUCCCGUGAGGCCGCGAAUGUGCAGCGAAUCAUUGAGCACUUGAGGGUGCACCCGGAUUCGAACCCUAGCUAG